AUGAAUCUUAGACCACAAGAUAAUUAAGAAGUAUCCAUAGUAUUCAUCAUUAAUUUUAGGGCAAUCAAGCAUAAUACAAUAAAAAAUAUGCAAUUUAUUAUUAAAAGCCUGGAGUAGAGGAACUUAAACAAAUAGUACUUGAAUUACCCAAUAUAUUCACAGUUGGUGACUGUAUAGAUUUUACUAUUGAAUAAAUCAACAUUCAAGAUCCCAGUAAAUAUACAAUGAUAAUCAUUAUUAGCUUUUAAAUUCAAAGGGUCUGCAGAUUGUUUUAAAUUGAGAGUAGCAAAAAAGAAUGGUAAACCAAAAGAUGAUUUACCUGGUAAUUAAAUAGAUAUAUUUUAGCUUUGGAUCAUGAAUAAUAACUCAUUGAUACUGGUGCAAUAGUAUUUGCAUUAGUUUUAAAUCCAAAUUAAUAAUAAUUAGAAAAAUAGAUAACAUUUGCUCCAACUAACUAUACCAAUCAGACUUAACAAUCUUAAGUCAAUUAAUAAGAUUCCUCCAUUAAACAAAGAACUUCUUACAGCAAUAGUUUAAGCAACAAAAAGAAGGUAAUUUGAAUCUACCAUAUGUUUAGAAUAAAAAUGGAGGAAAUGAUUAAAAGAAUGAUGCAAAUGGAUUUUGCUUCUUUAAGUAAUGCGCCUGAAA